GCGGUGGAAGUCACCGCACAAUCGAGGCUACUUAGGUAGCUGACUAGUUUAUGUGAGAGAGGCCAAGCGAAGGCAGUCAUCGACGGAAGUCUCUCGCGAAAUGGUACUGAUGACUGAUCCGCCACUGAGCCCAUUAACUCCGCUUUCUUCGCCGGAUGAAGUCAAAUUCGCUAAAACGAGCAACAGAAGAGAUGCAAGGGAGAUACAGUCCAUUUCUGAGGCAGAGAACGGGGCAGAGGAAAGGCAGAAGAGAAAUGGGAGGCCCGGUGCUGACCUGCAGCUGUCGCUGGAUGCUGAAUCUGAUCUCUCAGAAACCAGGAGAAAACCAACACUCAUGAGGUCAAAGACAUUUGAUCAUGCGCCUCUGUUGCAAAUUCCAAGCGAUUAUGAAACAAAGAUCGAGAGGAAGAAAUCUCAGUCCAGCCAGUUCUCGAAGACAAAUACCCAGUAUCACAAGAUUUUCACAGAGAUCAGUCAGGAUGAACAACUUAGACAAAGUUACACUUGUGCCUUGCAAAAAGACAUUCUGUACCAGGGAAGGUUGUUUGUCUCUGACAACUGGAUCUGUUUCCAUUCCAAAGUGUUUGGUAAAGAUACCAAGAUUGCAAUCCCAGUGCUGUCUGUCACCCUUAUUAAAAAAACAAAAACUGCCAUUUUAGUGCCAAAUGCACUUGUGGUGGCCACCGCUAAUGAGAGGCAUUUGUUUGUGUCGUUCCUGUCCCGAGACACCACCUACAAAUUUUUGAAGUCUGUCUGUUUUCAUUUGGACGGAAUGAGUGCAGGAAGCAGUCCAAUCCCUUCCUCUGCGGAGAACAGUUUCAGAUCAGACCGACCCUCGUCUCUUCCUCUGGAUUUCUCUGGGGACUUCUCCGAUUUGGAUGGGACCGUGAGGCAGAGGAGGCAGGACAUGGAGAGCAGCAGCUCCGGCUCCCAAACCCCAGACUAUGACAAAAUGGCAGAAUUCCCAAUCCCUCAGACAUUCCUGAAUACGGUGAAGCACGGGGAAGUGCCAGUUCAUGCAGAUGUUCACCUGCAGCAGACCCAGGACGCAACGCACGGGUCGCAACAGAAUGGUCUGUCCACUGUGGUUGGAGUUGUGCACAAAAUGAAAUCCCUCCAACCGGUGUCUCUGAACACUCUUCUCCUGGUCUACUUGUUCUUAGUGUGUAUCCUGGUGUUGUCUUCAUGCUACAUGGCCUUCAAGAUUGUGGCCCUGGAGCAGCGGCUGACGUCACUCGGCUCCAUGGCAGAAUAUCCACACAAUGAAAAUGUAGUGCAUCACAGAGCACAGAUGGAGAUCAAUGCAGAAAUCUACGGAGAGUUAUCAACAAACCUGCUAACGCUGGAAAAGAUCCAGAGGAACCUGCAGAAGCUGCUGGAGGACGCCGAGUGAUGUUCUGUAAUGGCUGUUUGCUACACAGCUGCUCUACAGUCCGCUUGUGGGGUGGGACCCCCGUGUGUCCACCGGGCCGAUCCUUGAACUUCACUGAAAAACUUAUGGAAGGACAAGGAGAACAAAAAAAAAAAAA